AUGGAGACUUUGCACAUGGUGCAGACAGGCAUGGCUGCGCCCUACGGUGGGGGUGUAUUCCCCCCGCCGGUAAACGGCGUAGCGGGUGUCGUCGGGGCAGCCGGAGCGGCCGGUGAGGUGAAACCACCGCCACCGGUGCCGGUGAAAGAGGACAACAGUGGUGCACCCCAACAACCGCCACCAAGCGGUCCACAGGUACCAGCGCCAGCUGGUGCCCCACAUCAAACCGCCCCCGGUGCCCCGACCGCGGCCAGCUUCAGUCCGCCUCCACCUCCAAACGGCGUUGAUCAACAGGCUAUUCCGACGCCCGCGGGCAACGAGACCAACCCCGAGGGCGCCGUGGAGGGCAGCACUUUGGUGCCUGUCACCUCCGGUGCGACCACACCUGCAACCGCGACACAGGGUAGCGACCUGAAAGGUCAGCCAAAACGCCUUCACGUCAGCAAUAUACCUUUCCGCUUCCGAGACCCUGAUCUCAGGGCAAUGUUCGGGCAAUUCGGGCCGAUCCUCGACGUGGAAAUCAUAUUUAACGAAAGGGGAAGCAAGGGAUUCGGUUUUGUAACAUUCGCAAAUAGUGCUGACGCGGACCGGGCACGUGAGAGGCUACACGGCACCGUGGUUGAGGGCAGAAAGAUUGAGGUGAACAACGCGACAGCGAGGGUGCAGACGAAAAAACCACCGACAGUACCCAACGUAUGCGUACAGUGGCCAGAGGCAGCGGCAUUGAGAGGAGUAGCGAUCCAACGUGGAAGAGUGAGCGCUGCGAGGGCAGCCUUUCCGACCAGUGCAGCAGCUUUGGCCCUAGCCAGGAACCCGGGCCCGCUCGCAGCUGCAGCUGCGGCUACGGCCCUGCACCCCUUCGCUCCUGCCGUUUAUUACGACCCGUUCCUAGCAGCGCACGCAGCGACGCAGGAUCCCAACUACAGGCUACAGGCCGCGGCAGCAGCGGCUGCAGCGUCACCGUUGCUGAAGACGCCCCUCUCGACGGCGCAGCAGGCCAGCUACGCAGCUGCAGCGACCUACACGGCAGUGGCUGCGCGCGCAUACAGCGCAGCUGCAGCUGCGGCACAACCGGUCGCAGGAUAUGCCGCAGUCGCGGGUUACGGGCGUGAGUACGCCGAUCCCUACCUUGGACAUGGUAUUGGACCAGUAGCCGGCUACGGGGCGACAGUGUACAGGAGCAGCUACAACAGGUUCACGCCGUACUAAGGAUCGUCGUAAGGGUAUCGAAGCGCGAGCCUUCCAAGUACACCGUUAUACUCAGCUAAACAUGACCAGAACAACCAACAAAAACCCAACUACCACCAGAAGAAGAAAAGAAAAAAAAAAGAAAAUGAAGAAAAAAGAAAAAAUCGACACAAUCGUCAUCGUCAUCCGCCAUCGAUCACGAUCACCCCACGAAGCAAUGCCUGGAUCCUCUGCGCAUGCUGACGCUAGCCUUCUUCGUAGCACUGAUACGAGAUCAUCGACUUUAGCUCUCGUCGACGCAGAACAAACGCGAUGACAUUCUCGUCGGGGGGAACCACUGGACCGAACGGAAUCAUCGUCCAACGGAGAGUCCGGACUUACCGAGUCGAGCACAAAAAGAUACCACGCAAAACUUCAAC